UCAGACCCAUUCGAGUAUCUCUACCCGACUAGAAAAUGCCUUGCGUUUGCGAAAAUCAAUGUGGAGUCCUCUUAAUUGUUGCGCUUUUCAUGUAACCUCAAAAUUUUAACCUCUUGCAAUUUUUUUUCAGAACAAACUUCUGAAAAUAAGAUGCACGUUACAUGGGUCGCGAUUAAACAAGCGAUACCCAGAGCGAAAAAUUUUUGGAUCGCCAAAGAUUAUAAUGUGGAUAUGAACAAAGCCGAGACGAUGAAUAAACCGGUCAAGACCGAUCUCUAUUACGCCCUUUUUCCGAUUUACUAUUUGAGCAAAAUUCUUGGACUGCUUCCUGUGCGGUUUGUGGCACAGACUACUGGAAGAUAUCUGGGCCAGAUCCGAGUUAUUGACGUCUGUUAUGGAGUGGGUCUGCUGUUUCUUUUCAUAAUAGCAGAAAUAUGGGGCCUGUGGAGGGAUCUCGGAGACGGAUGGGAACACAGCACGAGAUUAAAGUCACAAAAUGCGAUGAUAGUGACCAUCGGUGAUGUGCUGGCUGUAAUACUUCUAGCGUCCGUUGGCGUCAUUGGAGCACCGUUCAGAUGGGCAUAUAUUCAGGACAUCAUGGCUCGUUUGGUCGAGGCCGACGAGAGACUCGGUUUCAUCGCCCCAAGGAAGACCCGGAAUUUCUCGAUCAUCGUAAGCACCACGAUCCUCAUCUUCCUCGUCGGACUCUCCAUUCUUGAUUUUUACACGUGGCACAUUCAAACAAAAUUGAGUAAGAAAAUGGCGAACAAGGGACCGAUAAAUUAUGCGCCUAUUUAUUUCAUGUACAUCAUAGCUCUCGUCAUCGAGAUCCAGUUUACAGUAUCGACCUAUAAUCUCGGAGAACGUUUUACUCGAUUGAACAAAAACCUUGAAAACCUUAUCAAAGAUACGAGAAUCCAGGACUAUGCAAGGAAAGAAUACGCACAAGUCGCCGAAUCAAGGGACCAGGCAAACAUGACGGCUUAUAUAAGACCGGAAGUCGAAUACAGAACGAACGUCCGAGUAUACAGAACACCGAAAAUUUCUGAUUGGUUGAUCGGCGAAGGAGAGAGCCGUAAUAUUUCAGACGCGUUGUCACAACUGAUAACGGUACACGCGUCCCUCUGCGACUGUACUCUGCUCAUUAACCGAGCUUUCGGUGUGCCGAUCCUCGUCGUCACGAUCACCUGUCUGCUUCAUUUGAUCAUAACUCCGUACGUCCUCCUGAUCGAAGUGACCAGUAAUAAAGAUCGGUUGUUUAUGGCAGUGCAAUGCUUAUGGUGUAUCGUCCAUAUUAUGAGGAUGAUGAUCGUUGUUCAACCGUGCUAUGCCACCUCUUCUGAGGCAAAGCUAACAGCUAUACGAGUCAGUCAAUUGCUCUCGGCGAAUUCAGAACCGGCGGUGCGAAAGCAACUGGAAAUAUUCUCGCUUCAGUUGCUGCACAGGCCUCUCGAUUUUUCAGCUUGCGGUAUGUUUUCGAUCGACAGAGCAUUGGUUACAUCGAUGGCAGGUGCCGUUACAACUUAUCUCGUGAUACUGAUACAAUUCCAAAAGGCCGAUGACACGGUCGACGCGAGUAACAAGCUGAAGAAUGCGACGCAGGAAUUGCUGAAGAAUGCCUCCUCACUCACUAAUUCAACAGCUUUCAAGUUCUUUCAAUAGACAUAUCGACGAUAGCAUCAGAUAAUGACCAACUUGAAUGUUAUAAAAAAUCAAGUCUCUGACCCCCAUUAAAAAACUAAAACGCAUAACCACA